UAAUGUCAAGUCACCCUAAGAUGGCCGCCGUUCGAAAUUCCGUUUUGGCGAAUGAUGUUUCAUGGGGCUGUUCACAGACAUCUUCGCUAAACGACCCUGCCUGCACCUUGUUUUCCUUCUUCUUUGUUCGAAAAAAUUUGUUCAUAAGCCCCGAAAUCAAAAAAUAAAUUAUAAAAUUCACCCGGUAGAUUCCUCGUGUUAUCUGCGCAAACGAGAUGAUGGUGGAGUGCGCGCGCAUAGUUCCGGAUCCAUACAAAAGCGGGAGCGAAAAAAAUUUCUAUUUCAUAAUAUUCGGGAUUCCGUGUGACGGUGCGCGUUUUAUGGGCCCCGCAACAGAUGACACAAUGAGUGACGGCGAGCAAUUUUUCGAAGGGGUCGAAAAACUCCUGGAAAUCUGGUUUAUCAACAGCGACGGGCACGAGAAAAACGCCGAUUUACGUCGCAUACCGAGGUCCCAAUGGGAGACUCUCUUAAAGAUUGUGAGAUGCGAGAUUAUCAGUUUUACCAAAAAUGAGCAGAUCGAUGCCUACGUUUUAAGCGAGAGUUCCAUGUUCGUCUCAAAGCGGCGUUUCAUAUUGAAAACCUGCGGGACCACCACCCCGCUACUGUGUCUCCAACCAUUGCUGUUGCUGGUCCAACAAUACGCGGGAUUCACCGAAGUCGAAGAUCUGUUUUACUCUCGAAAGAACUACAAGAGACCUGAUUUACAAGUGACCCCUCAUAAACAUUUUGAUCAAGAGGUGGCCCUACUAGACACUUUAUUCCCAGAUGGGGUGGCCUACUGUUUGGGCGCAGUAAAUAGGGAUUGCUGGUAUUUGUACACCCUUAACCCCCUGCCACAACGUAGACGCUCCACGGUGCUGUCCGCCUCCGAGUCCGACGAGACCCUGGAAAUUCUCAUGACCGAUUUAGAUCCUGAAAUUAUGGCGAUUUUUACUAAAGAGGAGUGUCUCAAUGCUACUGAGGCCACUAAAAAAGCCGGAAUUGACAAAAUUAUCCCAAACAUGACAAUCGAUGAUUUCUUAUUCGAGCCAUGCGGUUAUUCCAUGAAUGGUGUAUCCAAGAACGUUUGUUAUGACGUACCUGAAGGCUGCUACAUGACUAUACAUAUAACUCCGGAACCGGAGUUUUCUUACGUCAGUUUUGAGACUAACGUGCCCGCGAGCAACUAUAAAGAGAUAAUUGGCAAAGUCUUGGAUACUUUUAUGCCCGGAAAGUUUACGGUGACCGUCUUUACUAACCAGGUGACGGCAGUAAAGGAUACUUCCAAAGAUCUGCUCUGCCUAAACCAAAUCAACAACAAAUGGAGCAGACGUGACGUACAACAAAUCAGCUUCAAAAACUACGACCUGAUCUACGCGUUCUACACCAAAUUCCCCAGCUGAGGGUGUCGGGAGCAGUUACGCCCUGGCGUAACUUGCCCCACCCACCAUCCUUUAUCCCUUCCCGCUACCCCGUCCCUCUUCUUCCGCCCCAAACGUUUCCGUCGCACCAUUUCCAGCCUGUACGCGGAGAUCGCGUCGCACAUCGCCUCCGACAAGUCGGUUUUCACGUUUUAUCACGCGUUCCUGCGCAGCCUGCGUAAACGCAAGUACAAAAUCUUCUCGAAGGAGUUUUUUCGUUCGUACGUGAAACACGAGACGGUGAACGCGAAACGGUUCCGCGACACCUUCGGCCCCUUUUCAUUUUUCUUCAUUUACUUCACCCUGUUUUCGCCGGUUUUCACUUUUACGGAUUUCGAGUCCCAUCUGGUCCUGUUUUCUUGGUGGCGCAAUAAAAUCUCGUGAAAUUCACUGAAAGUACCGCUAAGUAGUGUGGGACAUAGUGGCCGCCCCGUUUUCCUUUAACCUAUGAGGGUUAGGUAGACGAUUCGUUGUAUUUUUCUCGAGUUUGUUGUUUUUUUUUUAAAUAAUACACGCACUAUGUUUCACGUUACUUAGUUGGGGAGUUUGACCGUUCACCAUUUAAGUUUUUAUAAUUUGUUUUUUUUCUUAUAAAAGUUUUUCGCGGCAGGUGUCCGGAGGCCUUACGUGUACUUAAAAAAACCACAUUUUGUUUCCAAUUAUUAACAUUAUGCGGUUUUUAUAAGUAUUUGUGGCGAAUUUUACAAGCCAGGGGCCUUUAAACGUAUCAGGGUUGACAAUGAGGUCCUUGCCAACAUUGUUGUUGAAUCGGUAGAAAUUUGCUGUACCCAUAUAUAUUUCUUAUAAUAUACACAUAUCGCUCCUUUAGGUCAUUAAUUCCAGUUUUAAAUAAUAAAUAGAUGAUAGUUUGAUGAUAUAGUGUCGAUUUUAUUAGGCAAAUUUCUAUUUUUGUGACGUAGUAAAUUAGUCAUGUUGGGAAUAGGGUCUGUACUGGCCUCACCCUUACUUUAAUUCCCCUUUUGUCAUGUUGCCAAUACUUAAAUUAAGAAAAUUGUCAUGUACGGGAAAACCAAUAGAUAUAUUACGAAAUCCUUAGGAUUUUGUGAGAAUUAGAUGAUUAAAGGGUGAGCAGUAAUCAAACAAUAUACGUCAAAUAUUUAAAUCUA